AUGCCUCCCGCAUCGAUGACGCCGGCCCCGCUGGCAGCGAAUUCACCUCCGAGCGCUGCCCUGCGUUCUCUCUCGACGUCUUUGGCGCCCGAAACUGUCCUUGGCAUGCUGGAGAAGUAUUUGUAUCCUGUUCUUGACACUCUCUACUCCGAUGAGCUGUCAAGAAUCACCAAUACCUUGUCCAUUGCCCAUCGCGACCGAACCAAUGCCCAGCAGAGGAUCAACAAGAUCGGGUACGAGGAACACAAACAUGACGGGUAUGAAGAGCAAUCGGAGAUGAUGAGCGAAAUAGCUGGGGAGAUCCUUGGCUGGCUACCGGACCUUUGGCAAAUCGCUGUUGAAGAUGGGCUAGAACUUUCACUCAUCCAGAAAUAUAUCGAUACUGUCGAUUUUGUCUACUUACUAGAGACGAGUUCUCCGAUGAGGAUUUUGCUAUCACUAUCAAAACCUCUGAUGGGAGAAGUGGAGCACUCCGCGGAUGACAACGAAUAUAAUGACGGGCACUGGACCCAGGCUAUGAAGGACGCUGGCUUCCAACUUCAUGCGGAGUACAGGGAAGCUCGCAUAGCGUCUUUCAAACGGAAGCCCUCCUCCCUUCUUUACAACGCCCUUGUCGCCCAAUCUCCUGAUCUCCAGCCAGCUUUGCUGGAAGUUACGCGGAAGCAUGUCUUCAGCAGGGAAACCCCGGUGUCUAGGUCAUAUGCAGAUGCUGCAGACAUAUUUCAGAAAACUUCAGAGACGGGAGACCUAGUUCGGCUCUUGGACGUCCUCCCGCGGCAUAGGAUCGAUACCGCUGUGUCCACGACAAAAUCGAAAAUUGUCGGGUACCUCUCAAAACAGCCUUCGGAAGAAUUCCGUCAGAGAGCUUUGAACAUUAUCGAGUCAGAACUGCGGGAGGCGAAGGGGGGUGUGGUGUAUGAGUGCGAACGCGCGUUCCCCGGCUAUGAGGACGCGUUUGGCUGUCUGGAGGUGGGGUGGAAUCGGCGAGACAAACAUCUUAGUACGUUUGUCGAGCAGGCAUGCUGGGGGCUUGAUGGGGAGCAAUCCAACGACCACGACGACGCGAUGAUUAGCAUUGACGAGGAUGACAGCGAUUACGAAGAGGAGAAAGAAGGGUGA